AUGACAAUAUCCUUCCAUUUCAACCCCCCAGCUGCUCCUCAUCAAGGUGGUCUCUGGGAAGGAGCCAUUAAGAGUGUCAAGCAUCACCUCCGCCACGUCAUCGGCGAUCAUGUCCUAACCCUCUCAGAGUUCAUGACCCUGACUACUCAAGUGGAGGCGAUACUUAAUUCGAGACCUCUCACACCAAUGUCAAAUGACCCUUCAGAUGUCACUGUGCUCACUCCGGGACAUUUUUUGGUCGGAGCUCAACUUGCCUCUGUUCCUGAUGAAAAUCUGGAAGAGGUUCCUGAUAAUCGCCUGAAACACUGGCAUUUGGUCAAGGCCCUAAAUCAACGCAUCUGA